GUUCGCGCGCGUUGCAUCGCAUACGCGCGAUAUGCCGUGGUACUUCGAUAGUGAAACGAUUCGCGAGUGGUGGAACGUACGUCGCCGUUGACGGCCGACAUUUUGCCGAAGUCGGAGAUACUCCGAAGAAUCUACGGUGGGGCGACUCGAGACGACGGCGACGGCGACGGCGACGACGACGACAACGGCGGCGACGGCGACGGCGAUCGUCAUCGUCACCAUGGCCUACGUGCUCUGGAGAGUAAUCAUGAAGAGGUAUUGCAAGGUGCGGCUGGGUCUUAGGAAUCUACCGGUGAUACCGGCGGAUCGCCGGCCGCCGGAGAAGGAGGAGACGUGGACGUUGGCCAGCGAUCAGCAGCAGAAUCCGUGCGCCUUCGCCGACGACAACGUCGAGUCCAGCAAGGGCCCGAAAGCGGCAUCGCAGAAUCCCGAGAAGAUCAAGGCGCCGCCGAGCAGCGCGGAGGUGACCUCGUGCGCGGACACCAACGAGAACGCGGAUAAUGCCCUGCCGCGCAGCCAGGAGACGAGAAAGAGCAAGACGAAGAAGGUGAAGAGCUACCUGAGGAAGUGCAAGGGCGCUCUGUCGAAGGGCGACGAGAGCGUCGCGGAGAAGAGACGCCAGGAGAACUGCACUUCCUGGUACUUGGAGGACGUGGCGACGGCCACCGUGGCCUGCGUGAGCAGUCGCGACGAAUCCGCGGAGAGGUACACGGAACUCGCCGAAGAGAGGCUCGAGCAGGAACCCGUGGACGAGCCCGCGCCGGAGACGCUCGGGGCGAGUCUCCCGAAGGGCGAGAACCUCGACGAGACUACCGCGGACGAGGCUCUCGCCAGGCUGUUGGAGGAAGAUCGCAGAGCUGAUCUGAACAGAAGCAGGACGUCCCUGUACGAGGACGCCAAGGACUCGGGCCCGGAGCAGUGCGCGCCAGAGGACGAGAAUACCCGGAACAAAGAGCCGGAGCAAUUCCGCGAGGACGAGAAGAAGGACGACGCGGUCUCGCUCGAGACGUUGACAGCGGAAGACACGAACCUGAACAAGUGCGACUCGAGCGACACGCUGAUAGCGGAAGCGACGGAGGCGGGCGUGUAUCUCGAAGCGGAACCGGCGGUCGUCGCGGAGGAAGCCGAGAAAGCGGAAGUGUCCAUCGAUGGCGACGACCAGGCGACGUUACCGGUUCCUGCGUUCUGCGGGAGCCGCGGUGACUUCGCCUCCCUGGUCCGCAAGUUGCUCGGGCCGAUUUACGGCGACGGUGUUAUGAGCCUGCUGAUAAGACAAGCCCGGGACAUCCUGGUGUGCGCUUAUCACGGCAACCUGGAGAACUUCGUCCGGACUUAUCUGUCGCCCGCUGCUGCGCUGCUGGCGGAAGUCAAGAGCGUCGCCUGCGAAACGGAGAACGAGGCGGUGGUGCCAGAGGGCUGGCCUCUGACGUUGGCCGGCAGCGGCCUCGUCCUGCAGCUCGGCGAGCUCGAGGCCUCCGCGCUCCGUCUCGGGGAAUGUUACCUGUGCGUACGCAGCGCGGCUGCAACUGCGACUGCAACCACCUCGUCGGUCACGGCCGCUGCUGAAGCCGCCGAGCGGAAUACCGUUGAGAUAGCAGUGGUCUGGCGAGCGACGUCGAUGAGGGCGCCGGGGAUUUUGGGUUGGGACCGCGAGGACGAGUUCAUGGACUGGCGGGACCUGACGAGCAAGGGUCAGUCGAGCUCGUCGGGUGCGACGAGCAGCAGCCUCGGCGGCGGCGGCGGCUCUCAGUCGUCGGCGGGCGCGAUGAAGACGAGCCGGCCGCGCCGGAGGUCGCGCGAAGAGGCGCGUCCUCGAACGCGCGAGAGCAGCCGGACCAACGCCGAGCAUCGGCGCGAAGAAACCAGGUCGAUCGACAGGCUGGAGCAGCAGUCGUCGCGCGAGGACCGCGCGAUGGACCGCGAGGCCGGCCGUCAGCAUACCGCCACGGUGAUGAAGUCGCGCUCCGCGUCCAGCGUGGACGCCUGGAAGGAGGAGCUCGGCGGCGACGGCGAGCUCGAGCGAGGCUCGGCCCGCAGGGCGCACCAUCACUAUCCCAGGAACUGCUCUAGUCCGAGCGGCGACGAGAGCCGCGCCAAGGUGAAGCGGUGCGCCAAGGUCGUCUCCACAAUCACCAUGGAGAAGUGGAAGGAGAGCAGCAGGUGCGAAACGCGCAGCAGGUCGGUCGCACCGGACGACCUGAAGAGCCCGACGUUGUUCGAGGAGAGCCUGCUGCGGCAGGAUAACGCUGCCACGAGCGACGACUCCGGCGCGAAGGACCUCGAUGACAGAGUGCGCCACGCGGGCGGCCCGGACGACAUCAGCGACGAGGACCUGCCGGCGUACAUAGGCAAUCUGCUCGUCACCGUCGAGAGAAAGAUCGAGAGGGUCUCGCUCGACGACAUGACGUUCCCCUGCCCAGCCUGCAGGAACAUCGACACGGACGACCCGCUAUUGGGCUGCAGAUGCGCCGGCGACGACUGCGGCUGCGGCGCCGGCGAGGAUAACUGCGACUGCGCCUCCUCCGUCACGGCCUCGCGGAAGGAGCAGUCCGCCAAGAGCUUCGAGGUCGCCGGGAUUAAACAUAUCGACAGCGACGACGAGGAGGAGGUGCGGAUGGGAUUCGGUAACAAAAAGCGAGUGGACGAGGUAGCAGCGCCGAGGUCCAUCCACGACUUGCCGGAGGACGUCCUCACAUGCGGCCUGACGCUUCCCGGAUACACGGACGUGGCCGGGAGGCCGGUAAUCGUGUUCGAGGACCACGCGUCCGCGAGGGAAACCCUGUCCGUACGAGAGACUUCGUCUUUCCUGCUCUACCUCGCUCGUCUACCCAGCUCCGAUCACACGAAGAACGGCUUCACGCUCUUCGUGCGCGCCGACUCCAAGGAGACUCUGGACUUCGUGGACAACGUGCUGCUGCUGCUGCAGGGCAGGAUCAAUGUCGCUCUAGUGCUCCGCGCCGUCGCCGCGCCGGUGGACGGCCCCGCCGAGUCGAUCUUACCUCUCAGCAGCGUCCAGGCCGUCGUCGUGAAUGACGCCACUCUCGCCAAGUAUAUUCCCAGGCGAGAAGAGAAUCACGAGCAGAUGCUAUGGAUCGCUUUUUAUAAGGAGUACGACGGCCUCAUGACGGAGUGGCAAUCAGCCGGUCGCAGAUUGGCCCUCGAAAUGUCGGAGCUGAAGGAAUGCACGAGCCUGUCCGGCACUUUGACGCCUCUCGGUCGGCUCCUCACGGACCCCACAUUGAGAAGAACGUCUAGAGAUGCCGAGGAGGCCAUCGCCGCGCUGGAGGAACGCGCGGCCCCGCUCCUGCACGUCGAGCACGUUAGAUUGUCGGUGAAACGAGCCCGGAGACUGGUGGAGGAGGUGGGUAAGGCCGCCACCAGGCUGGAGUCGUCGUUCGAGUCGCGACGCGCGACUAUCCGCAAUCUCGCGGUUCUGCGGAGCAUCGAGGAUCAGGCGCACGAGAUAUUAUCCUGGCUCUGCAAGAAAGGCGAGGACAUCCUGUCGAAGCACGCACAGCACACUGCGACGAACCUGACGUCGGCGCGGCUUCACGAGCGGGAAUUCGAGAAGUUUUACUUCACGUCGAUGAGACACCUGGACAAAGGGAGCGACCUUGCCGAGGCGGCGAGCGCGAGCGGGUGCGCGAGUCGCGGUCUGCAGCAUCUACGCGGAUUCGGCUCCCGGCUGGAGGACAGACGCGAGUACCUGGAGGACACGUCGAGAUGUUGCCUCCUGCAGGACCGCGCCUACGAGUGGGCGCAAGAGGCUCGCAUGGCGAGCGACAGGAGGUCCCAGCAAUUCCUCAUGGCGAGGCCGCCGUUGCCGCCCGAGCACUUCAGCGAGAUGAUGACCUUGGCGGAGAAACUCGGCAACGAGGUCCUGCUGGAGCAAUGCCGUAUCGCUAGGAACAAGUGCGCGGAAGCGCUAGAAAUCGCCAGGACCACCUCCGCCCCUGGGAGCCCAGCGAGGAGAAGAUCCUUCGCCGCUUCCGAGUCCACCUCUUGGGACGACACUUUGAUCAAAAGAACGUCUUGGGACGACAGCGACAGUAGCGCGUCUUACGCUUGUCCGAUGGAAAGCGUCGGCUCAGCUGGCAGCGGCGGCCGACCGGUGCUGGACAACAUCGCCGAACUUCGGGAGAGCGCCGAGCAGCUGCUGGACUCGCCGCCACGGACACCCCCGCGAAGCCCGGCACCGCGGAGGCUGGUGAAGCCACCGGUGAAUUCUCACCUGCACAGAUCAGCCAGCAUCGCGCCGGGGAUGAAGACGAAAAAAACAAUACUGCUCAUAAUGAGGGAGAUGAUACAGACUGAACGGGACUACGUGAAAUCCCUCGAGUACAUAAUAGAGAACUACAUACCGGAACUCGUGCGAGAGGACAUCCCGCAGGCGCUCCGUGGCCAGAGGAACGUGAUUUUCGGGAAUGUCGAGAAGAUAUACGAAUUUCACAGCCAGCACUUUCUGCGCGAAUUGGAGCAGUGCGAGCAAUCGCCCAUGUUAGUGGGACAGUGUUUCCUCAGACAUGAGAAGAAGUUUUAUCUCUACGCCCUGUACAAUAAAAACAAGCCAAACUCGGACUCGCUCAUGGCGGAAUACGGCACGAGCUUCUUCAAGCAGAAGCAGCUGGAGCUGGGCGACAAAAUGGACCUCGCCAGUUACCUGCUGAAGCCGGUCCAGCGAAUGGGCAAAUACGCUCUGUUACUUCAGCAAUUAGUCAAAGCCGGCACGGAUCUGUCGGAGCAAUUGUCCGGCAAGGAGGAGAAGGAGGAGAAAGAGGACAGCAUGAAACCGAUGGUCGAGGGUGAGGCGGAUUUGAGAGCGGCCGAGCAGAUGGUACGAUUUCAGCUGCGCCACGGAAACGAUCUUCUGGCGAUGGAUUCGCUUCGCGAUUGCGACGUAAACGUGAAAGAACAAGGCAGACUGCUGCGGCAAAACGAGUUUUUAGUCUGGCAAGGAAAGGGCAAGAAGUGCCUGCGUCAAGUUUUCUUAUUCGAAGAUCUUAUACUUUUUAGCAAAGCGAGGAGAUUCCCCGACAGGAAGAAUCUUGACAUUUACAUCUACAAACAUAGCAUUAAGACGACGGACAUCGGUCUGACCGCCGUUAUCGCGGACUCGCCCACUAAAUUCGAGAUCUGGUUCCGCAAGCGGAAACCGGGCGACACGUACACGCUGCAGUGCGCGAGCGAGGACAUCAAGAAGGCCUGGACCGAGGAACUUAGCAACCUUCUGUGGAAACAGGCGCUUCGAAACAGAGAAGUGCGCCUGGCGGAGAUGUCGAGCAUGGGCAUUGGGAACAAACCGUGUUUAGAUAUAAGGCCUAGUGCGGAUCAGAUUAACGAUCGCUCCAUCAGCGUAGCUCAACUCUCUAAGACACCUAGAUUCAGAAACUCUAUAGCGGUGUCGAUGUCGGAGGAUUCCAGUCGCUGCAGCAGGAGACCGCAUAGCGUGAUCUCCGUUAGUUCGUCCUCGAGCAGCGGCGGCAGCAGCGGCCCCCCUACGACACUCAAUCUCGGAUUGGACACAAGCCCGCGACCUCAUCAUCGUAGUACCACGCUCAACAGCCAGUGCAGCGUCGAAAGCGGUAUUAUCGCUGAUAUCUCGAUCGUGUCGGACGACGGAGGUGAUGGCACCGAGAGAAGUCAUUGGAAUUCCACGUUGGAGAGUCCUACGUCGCAUUUACCUACGACCUCCACCCCCUUGCAGUCGCCGACCAGCGCGACGGCGGCAACGGUUACGCCCGCUUCUUCGACCGAUACGAAUCUCACGUCUUACGAUCAAGACAUGUCUAUUAAUCUGUGAAUCCUUCUCGACACGGGGAACAGUCGCGAAGAAGCGAUAGUGUAUAUCAUCGAUUCACUUGCAAGUUUGUGUUACGAUCACGGAGAACGUGACACGUCGUCGUGGCAUAUUUAGUUAGGUGCAAUGAGGCAAUAUCGUCGCACGCGUACUGUAGCAUUAGGGCGACAUUUGCAGCCUUGAGCAAUUGAUAGUUCAAUGACGUAACGAUGGGAAAGAACACCAAGUCGCAUGCAAUUCGGUAGGUCGCCGCAUUACGCUUAACACGUGUGCCCAGCUACGAGUUUGUAAUCGCAUUACAUAAACGUAGAUUAUUUUCCUAAGGCUGCGGAGAUGGUACCGAAUCAGACCGGCGUUUUACAGCUCCCGAGUGAGAAUCUCAUCUGUCUGUGAAUCUAUCUUUUGAUACGCUUCGAAAUCCACAGAUCCAUGUGAGAUCGCGUAACCGUUACCUAUGAAGCUCACCGAGAAUCUUUUUGAAGUAAUAGCAACCUGUAUUUUCUUAUGCUGUCAUUGAUUUCACGUAUGUGCUCAAGACGACGCUAGAUAGACGUGUGCUACCAAAUGUAAGAUUGCAUGUCGGGAUAUGCUACAGUACUAUAAACGAUAUGCACUGGUCGCCAUCCUCAUUUACACUGGCAUUCCUGAUUACAGCGGCGGGAAA